AUGGCAUCCGUGGCAGCAUGGUUACCGUUUGCUCGAGCUGCUGCAAUUGGAUGGGUACCCAUCUCACGACAACCAAUGCCAGCUGCCCCAAUUGCCAUACAGGCUAAAGAUUUAGCUGUUGAUCAUGUUUCGGAUGAAAAAAUUUCAAUCAAUAUUUCUGGACGACGAUUUGAAACAUGGCGAAAUACGUUGGAAAAAUUUCCGGAAACAUUACUUGGCUCAAAUGAAAAAGAAUUUUUUUAUGAUGAAGGAACAUCGGAAUAUUUUUUUGAUCGUGAUCCAGAUAUUUUCCGGCAUAUUCUUACUUUUUAUCGAACCGGCAAACUUCAUUAUCCAAAGAAUGAAUGUCUUGUGGCUUAUGAUGAAGAGCUAUCAUUUUUCGGUAUAAUGCCUGAUUUGAUAAGUGAUUGUUGUUAUGAAGAUUAUAAAGAUAAGAAACGAGAAAAUCAGGAACGAUUAAUGGAAGAACGAUUAGAAAUUAUUGAAAAAACGAAACGUAAACUUACGCUUCGGCAAAAAAUAUGGGGAGCAUUUGAAAAUCCUCAUACAUCCACGGUGGCACUUGUCUUUUAUUAUGUUACGGGAUUUUUUAUUGCUUUAUCGGUUUUAUGCAAUAUUAUUGAAACAGUACCAUGCAAAUAUCUUAUUGAUGAUACGACUGUUUCAUGUGGUGAGCUUUAUGAACGACAGUUCUUCGUUCUUGAUACUGCGUGUGUAAUCAUUUUCACUGUGGAAUAUUUAUUACGUUUAUUUGCUGCUCCAGAUAGGUGUAAAUUUUUACAUUCAAUAAUGAGUAUGAUCGAUGUGAUUGCUAUUAUGCCAUAUUAUGUGGGCCUUGGUUUCACUAAUAAAAAGGAUGUUUCGGGUGCAUUUGUCACUUUACGUGUAUUUCGGGUAUUUCGGAUAUUUAAAUUUUCUCGCCACUCUCAGGGUUUACGUAUACUUGGUUACACACUUAAAUCAUGCGCCAGUGAACUUGGUUUUCUAGUAUUUUCACUGGCUAUGGCAAUAAUUAUUUUUGCAACAAUAAUGUAUUAUGCGGAAAAAAAAGUUAGCGAUACCCGAUUCACUUCAAUACCGGCCGCGUUUUGGUAUACAAUUGUUACUAUGACAACUCUUGGUUAUGGUGAUAUGGUGCCAGCAACAGUUAUGGGUAAAGUUGUUGGUGGCGUUUGUUCCCUUAGUGGUGUUUUGGUAAUUGCACUUCCAGUUCCGGUAAUUGUUAGCAAUUUCUCCAGAAUAUAUCAUCAGAAUCAACGGGCUGACAAGAGGAGAGCUCAAAAGAAAGCUCGAUUAGCUCGAAUUCGAAUAGUUAAAAAUGCUAGUGGAAAAGCAAUGUCGAAUAAAAGGAAAGAACAUGAAGCAAGGAUGCAAGCAUUUGGACAAGGAUUAUUAAGCUUUGAUUCGCUAAAAGAUGAUGAUAUUUUUGAAAUUCAACAUCGACAUUUGUUACAAUGUUUAGAAAAAGCUACCGAAAGAGAAUUAACUGAAAGAGAUAUUGUGUUUCGUGAAAGUUUAAGAACAACUCCACCAAUUAGUUUGUCAUCACAGGGUUUACUAGAAAGCAAUAGAUAUUCACGAUGGCUCGAUUGUUGCAGUUCUUGUCUUAGAAAUUCUCGUGAUACUAGCUCCAUCAAGAGAUCAACAAUGGCAAGCAGGAAACAAUCAUUUUAUGAACCUAGCAAAAGUGAUUACAAAUGGGGAUCUGCGGAUGGACAGCAGGAGCAACAACAACAUCAAAUGGAUCAACGAAAACUGGAAAAUGCUCCUGAAACAAACCGUCUUUUUAGUACAUCAACAUUUUGA